AUGAUUUUUUCGAAUGAUCAUUCACCCCAUGACGACAUUGAUUUCUCAUCAUCAAACCAUUUCAACUUUUCAGAAGAGGAUGGGCGUAGCAGCAUGAUAAUAUCUCGGAAUGAUCAACUAGUUAAUGUAAAUAAUGAUGCAAUCCAUCAUCAACAACAUUCUCAACAGCACCCCUCAAAAGAAUCACCAAAAAAGUAUCGGCAAGCAACAUCAUCAUCAUCAAUGAUCAUUCCGAGUGUUCAAGAUCAAACAUUGGAAACGUUUCAUUCUCUCAGUCAUGUUUGGAAUGAACAACAACCCCUCUUGUGGAUUCCAGAAAUAUUUUUAUGUAUUUAUUUGUAUUUGGAUGAUGUGUUGGAUGUCAUUAAAUUGUCAAGGACGUGUCAGGCGAGUUACAAAGCAUUUCGAAGUCCCUAUUUAUGGAGAGUGGAAAUGGAAAAGAGAAGAAUUAAAAAUUACUAUAGUAGAGGAAAUCAUGUCAAAUUUCAGCUUGAGAAUAUCAAUAUCGAGAAUUUACAAAUUAUUUAUGGUUAUUGCAAAGGAUUAAUUGACAACAAAAUUAAGAGUAUUCAUGAAGAAAGAAUUGCACAAAGAAAGAAUCAUCUCAAUCGACUUCGUAUAUUAGAGGUUCAACAAGAGUAUGCUUUUAAAAGUGAAAGCAUUGCCGAGAAAAUUAUUUUAGCAUUUGCUAUUAGCAUGAUCAUUUCUGUGCCCUACACACGAAGUAUAAUGUUCUAUAUUGGAUACAUGAUGCAUAUUGUUGUCACACUAUUUGGGUCCAUCAUCCUUUAUGUAGAAAUGACAGAUGUGACCAAAUACCUGGUCAUUGCUGCGUUUUCUCUAUUAAGCUGGAAGUUAUUUUGGUUUCAAAUCAUGGAUGGACUCUAUCCUUUGCAUUACAUUUUCAUGAUUGGUGCUACUUUUCUUGCUUCCUGGUUUGUAAAAAGAAUGAUUUUACAAUCAAGAAAAGAGCUCUUAAAGAUUAAAUAUGAUGCUGAAAAACAUCAAAUACAAGAACAGUUGAAAAUAAUUGACGCCUCAAUUGCAGAGAGAGUGUUACGACUUGAACGAAUCUCAGCCAAAAUUCCUUUAGAAAAUGAGGGCACAUCUUGGAAAACUGUCAAGUAUAACGUUUGUAAUGUGAUGUAA